AUGGCGAUCGGCGAUGCGCAGUCGCACAUUGGACGACAGUGGCCGGGCUCUCAUGUGCGUGCGUGGGUGGAUGGAAGGAAGGAGGGACGGACGGAGGGAUGGAUGGGUGGAUGGAUGACGCCCGCAAACGGUUGCGGUGCUGUGAGGCUGCGGGAGGGGGAGACUGUGGCACAUGAGAUCGACGAUCCCAGACGCGCGGAGGCGCGCCACGGCAGCGUACCGAGAGGCGACGCGUGUCGGACGCAGAAUCGGAGGCGGACGAUCGGACGGCACGGAUGGAUCACGUCGAGCGUCGCAGGGACAGAUGGUCACUCGCUGCGCCUCGGGACAGACGGGGCGGGGCGGGGCGGUGUACGGGGCGCCGGUGGGAGGACGAGAAGAGAAGGAGGAGGGGGCCGUUCGGGCUGGGCCGGAACGUGGAGCAGACGCGGUCAAAAGUGGGCCCGUGGGGCGGCGACGUGGCACUGCGCUCGCGCUCACUGGACCAGCUCGACUUCUACCCGUAGCCCUCUCAUCAUUCCGGACCCUGUCUUGUCUGCGCUCUCCCUCCGCUCGCGAUCUUAUCCGACGACGUAG